GUCUUGUUCUUACACUGUACCCUUUAACGUUUACUCUCAUGCACCUCAUGUAAUAUAUUUUUCUCCUCCUGUCUACUUCUACGUCAUCAUAUUAACCACUAUCAUUAUCAACCCCGACAAAAGGCCAGCAUUCGUUUUAGAGUCAUGAAAACUAAAGUAUUCAAGUUUAAUCUAGAGCUUUUAAGAUGUUUGUCAGUGAUCAUUUCAAGCAUCUGGAUUUGAAACGUAAAUUGCUCAUGUUUAGCGCUUUCCUCGCGUUAUUCUAACAAGAACAUUCUUAAAGCUGCGACAACAAGCGCCAGCUACGUAAGAGUCAUUAGAAAAUAAAGCAUUAGGUAAAAUGGUCCCAUUCAAACGUGUGAACCAGUUUAUUAAGUUAGGUCUGUCGCCUAAUGGCCGUACAAUUUAUUUUGGUGCUGUGGGUGCCUCCUUGACACGGGGCGUGCUCGGGAAAAUGCCGGAGGGUUUGUUCAACUUGUAAAUUAGAUUUACCAGAUUAAACUUCACUUAACUCAUUAAGUCACCGCCACGCCUCGCCGUGUGGAGAUGCGGUUUGGUUCUCGGCAAGAUGUAGACUGCUAAGUUCGUCCAGCAGUUCGAGGUCUUUUGGCAGUAAAAACAGCUGGAAAAAAUGAAUUUUGGUCGGGACGAAAUGGACGCAGUUAAAGCGGUUGAGACUCAGACACGACAGAGGCGGCGGCGCGUAUCGGUAACGAAUUCACUGGAGCGGGUACGUCACCUACAGACGUCUCACCAACUGGAGCGACAGCAAUGGUCCCGCGGCGCCGAGCACGACGCAGCGCGGAGAACCUUCAUACAAAGGAACGGGAGGGCAUUACGAUCGCAACACGCGCUGUUUGACGUGCCAGGUUUCAGCACUGAUUCCGUACCAGCUAACUCUACAGGCACCGCUGGUGUGGGUGCAACAUACCCCACAGAUCCACACAAAAUCAGCUCCGAGCGCUUCCGGACCUGGACGCUAGACCCGGCCCAGGAUUCGGGCCGAAGUCUCUCGAGAACAAGGCGUCGGCGCCCCAAACAGUUGACGUUCGUCCUCCCCGGACGGAGACGGCCACAUUUACGGAGAAUGCAGAGCUCGAACUCGACUAACCCCAGGUCGAUCCAGUACCGACUGCAAGACACUUCCCCCUCCCCUAUUCAACACAACACCGCCAGCCGCGGGGAGGACGUCACGGACAGAGUAGCAGCGUUCUUGGAGAAGGCGUGCGUCUUGGCUGAGACUGACAGAGACCCCAGGGCGGAGAGGACAUCCAAUAUUGAGGAGAGGAUUAAGACGUAUGAGACGCGAAAGAGACAGAUGCAGAGGCGGACCAGUUUGGUGUACUGUCCGGGCAGUGCACCAAUGGACGGGACGGCUGUGGGAAGCAUGAAAAGGAUCAGCGUGGUGGCCCCAACGACUGAAUCCACCAUUGACGAGACGGACUCAAGCAGCGAGGAGAGCGAGUUGCCGGGAGAAACCAGGACGGAACGACUGGAGCGGCUCCGGGCGCUGCCGCCCCUUCUCCUGCCACCCAUCUACACCGUGCGCACCCGGCAGCCCGCCCGGCAGACCCGCAGCUGGCCCCCGCCCAGGCCGAGUGUACCCCGCCGGCUGUCUCAACGGGUCUGGGACGAACUGAAAGAGUGUCGAUACAUCAGGCAGAGAACGGGAGCAGGGGAGAGAAGGGGGGACGCCUAUGGUGUGCGAAAUUGA